CGUCUCAGUUGUCAGAGGAAAAGCAUCGAAAUCCGGCGUGAGAGGCUGUUUGGGCUUCCAUGUGGCACUGAAGUCAAAAGAACGGAAGAUUUUACGAGUAACUGUCCACUUAUAGAGCAGCCAUGGGGAAAAAAGGAAAGAAGGAGAAGAAGGUUAAGGGAGCCGAGAAGACAGCUGCCAAAAUGGAGAAAAAGGUUUCAAAAAGGUCCAAACGAGAAGAGGAGGAUUUGGAGGCUCUGAUCGCUGAGUUUCAGAGUCUGGACGCAAAGAAAACCCAGGUUGUCGAGACGACGUGUCCGCCUCCAUCACCGAGAUUGAAUGGAUCCCUCUCUGCACAUCCUGAGAAAGAUGAACUCAUCCUGUUUGGAGGAGAAUUCUUCAAUGGAAAGAAGACGUAUCUGUACAACGAUCUGUUCUUCUACAACAUCAGGAAGAAUACCUGGGUUAAAUCAGAAAUCCCCAACCCUCCUCCACCACGCUGCUCUCAUCAGGCGGUGGUAGUUCCUCAGGGCGGGGGACAGCUCUGGGUGUUUGGUGGAGAGUUUGCCUCUCCAAAUGGGGAACAGUUCUAUCACUACAAGGACCUUUGGGUACUGCACCUGGCUACACACACCUGGGAGAACAUCAAGGCACCGGGUGGUCCAUCGGGCCGCAGCGGACAUCGGAUGGUCCUCAGCAAGAAGCAGCUGCUGGUGUUUGGAGGUUUCCACGAGAGCACCAGGGAUUUUAUCUACUACAAUGAUGUCUACUCUUUCUCCCUGGACACCUUUUCUUGGUCACGCCUCUCUACAUCAGGCUCCGCCCCCUCCCCGCGCUCUGCCUGUCAGAUGACCUCCACUCCAGACGGCAUGGGCGUCAUCAUCUAUGGAGGAUACUCCAAAGUGAGGGUCAAGAAGGAUGUCGAGAAGGGGACCAUCCACUCUGACAUGUUUCUUUUGAAGCGAGAGGGUAAAGAUGGUCAAGAGAAGUGGUCGUGGUCCAGACUGAACCCUUCUGGCAAUAAGCCCCCUCCUCGCUCUGGUUUCUCCUUGGCUGUGGGCCCAGCUGGGCGGGCGGUGCUGUUUGGUGGGGUUUGUGAUGAGGAAGAGGAAGAGUCGCUGGAGGGCGACUUCUACAAUGACCUGUACUUGUAUGACACAGUGAAAAACCGCUGGUUCCCCGGUAUGCUCAGGGGAAACAAGACAGAGAAGAAGAAACGGCGGAGGGUGAAGAAGGGUGGGGCAGAGGGGGAGGAAGCGGAGAGGGAGGAAGAGGAGGCAGCGGCACCUCAAGGACCCACUGAGAUCAUCAAAGAGAUCGUCACUGAGGACGGAACAGUGAUGACCAUUAAGGAAGUGAUUCCUGGUCCUGAGGUGGAGGAGGAGGAGGAAGAGGAGGAAGAAGAUGGCUCAGCCAUGGCCCCGCUCAUCGAGCCUUGCCCGAGGUCCAGCGCCAUGGCAACAGUGCGACAAGGCAAGCUCUACCUGUACGGGGGGAUGUUUGAGGUGGGCGACCGCCAGUUCACCCUGAACGACUUCUACUGUCUGGACCUGCACAAGAUGGACCAGUGGGAGGUUCUGGUCGAAAUGGACCCAAAGACACAGGAGUGGCUGGAAGAGUCUGAGUCAGAGGACGAUGAAGAGGAAGAGGAGGAGGCGAAGGGAGCAGAGGGGGAGGAAGAGGAGUCCGAAGAGGAAAGCGAGGACGAGGAAGAUGAAGAAGAGCACCCCGCAGUGCAGGAGGGGGAGACAGUAACGGAUUACCAGAACCGUACAGAGCAGUACUGGAUAGGACUGGCACGUGCCAACAUGGGCUCCGACGCCAAGGACAAGAAAGUUGCCAAGGUCGCCCUCGCCAUGGCUAAAGUCUUCUAUGAAGAUCAGUAGCAGGAUAUGUAGAAGUGUGUGUGUGUGUGUGUGUGUGUGUGUGUGUGUGUGUGUGUGAAAUUUUUGUUGUAAUGGUUAAACUUUUAUAUAACAUCCAAAAAUGCCUUUUGAACAGUCUGGGGAAAAUAAUUCAGUCAUGAAACGAUUACAUUCAUUUUUCACAAUGAAAACAGUAACAAAUACAAAUGACUGAUGGUUUGUAAAGGUCAGAAUUUUCAUUCAUUUGAAAUAAAAUCACUUUAUUCAUUCA